AAUUUGUUGGCUCCAACCGCAAAACACGAUUAUGUCACGCUUGAUUUCCUUGGAUCCCCGGCAAACAUUUCCACCAUCUCCUCAUUCAACUGGUGCGAAUUCGUCCUUAAACACAUAGUUCUCGCUGCCAAUAAACUAAACUCCGACAUAGCCAGCGGUGCUUCGUCGAUACACAUGGGGGGGUGCCAUCUUUUUCUGCAGGUAUUCUACCUGGACCAUAUUGAUCUGGGCGUUUAUAACAAGCCCAAGCUAGUGUCUCCUCGCAUUGGGUUAUUUGAUUACGAAAGCUUGAAGAAGAUGAUUGAUCAUCUAUCAGCUGUCAACGGCAUUGAGUCGUCCUUCUUUCCGCCUGUUUCAUUAGCUCAGGACAAACAAGAUAAAAAAGACGCAACGUCAAAUUCUGCUGCUGCUACACGUAGACAAGGGAACCAUUUGAACGUACUGACGAAGACACACGCCAGCAACACCGCCCUGUCAUGCUCCAAUCCCGGGCCCAACGAUUUUGCCCGUCACCUACAAGUCAACCCCAUGCAUUCAGCGUCAAAAACUCCAGUACUAUUGAAAGAGCAUAACGCAAGGAUAUUGUUGUUCAUGAAUGAUUUUCGCCGGAGGUGUCAAGAAGAGAUGUUCUCUUUCGCUGACAAAUUGCUCAGUCCCGACGGGAGGCCAUGCACAUGCUGCACUUUGGCUGGCAGACAGAAUUGCGUCAUAGUCAGUACCACAUCUCGUCAAUCGGCAUUGCACAACCAGAACGGCCGUACUCCUUCCGGCCCACAGCUGUCAUCAUCCCGUAAAACAAACACCGAGUGUGAGGAGAGCUCGACUGGGCAAAGCCCACUCACCAGGAAAAACGAACAUCGUCCUAACCCUAUUGUCUACACUCCAGCAAGUGCUCAGUGAGAUUCUUCAGGUACGAAGAAAAAGCUCAAGCUGGAUCUUAUAGAUCAACCCAACACCACGACAAUUCCUUCUGUUACACCAAAUCAGGCGGCGAACAUAUCAGAUGUCAUCUCCGGAGGUUUGUUCAGCGAGACACCAAAAAACGACGACCCAGUCGUAGAGAAUGCCACAAAGUUUUCUGAGGACGUAGUUUCUACACUGAUA